AUGCUUUACUGGUUCGACGAGAAAGAUUACUCAAUCAGUGUGCUCCACGACCAACAGAGCCAACUCUGCUUCUGUCAAUAUUGUGUAUGUGAUGCCCUCCUUGGUUCAGGAUCUAUGAAUGUUGGCUCACCGGAUCUAGGUGUUGCAUGCUUUAUGCCCUCUGAUGAAUCAUCUGCUCUCCCUGAAUCGACCUCAAAAGAACGGGCCGCGUUAGGCCGGUAUUUAUUCGACAAAUUAAUUCAUUAUUUCCAUCCGAGAACAUUGCCCGGUGCAGAUCAUGUCUUUGAUGAUGCGUUGACGGCGUUCAUUAUGACAAGUAUCUCUCCUAGUGAGCAGUCGGUGGAGUCAAGCUUACAUUAUUGGCUUGCAUUCCUUGGUUUUAUUGUGCAGGAAUUACAGCUUUAUAAGGACUCGCCGAUUCUUAGCGAGGAUGACAGGGAGGAAAGGAGAAGGCUAUGGUGGGCGUCAUAUAUCAUUGAUAGACAUGUGGCGCUAUCAUUUAACGAACGACCGCGCAUCCCAGACCAAGAAUGCCAACUUCUUCCCACUCCGUCGCCUGACACAGUCUGGAUUUUGCCAGGUCCAUUACUAAGAGCCCCGGAGAUCAAUUUCCAAGGGACCAUGCUCUGCUACCGCGUCGGUAGUCUCGAUAUGCUUGGUAUCUACCUACCGCUGUCAAAGAUACUGGGGGAGAUCCUCGAACAUCGCUUCCUUUGUCAGCAUCCAACAUUCAAUACGAACGAGAAGUUCCUCUCCGAAAUCAAAGCAAAUAUUCUCCUCAACCUUGAGCAAUGGUUCACAUCAUUUACUGCACUGGUGGGCCCGGAGUUCUACAAAAUCGCAGUCCCAGAAUGCACCCAACCUCCUCCGCCGGGGAUCCCAAAGGUAGCAUACUAUGGCCUUCACAUGUACCAUUGCAUGUUUGUCCUUCUACACGGUCCAAUGGAUAUAGUCCGGAUGUACAAAGAUCACGCCUGGCAAGCAUCCUCUGACUUCAUCACGGCCGGCGAGCACGCAGUAGCCUGUGCAAACGUUGCACGAUAUAUCCUCCAAGUCGACCCCCGACUUUGUCUCAUGUACAGGUUCUUCGGAACCUACUUCCUCCAAUCCUCCUUCAUAUUCCUGAUCCUCGCCCGGAAACUGGGUCGUCAAUCGGACGAUCUGAUCAUGCGCAACUGUGCGAUCAACUUGCAGGUUUUGGAUAAGUUUGUCGCCACGACAAAUAUGGACUACCAACAUACUUUUGCUAAGUUCAUUCGUCGGGCUCUCUCGUAUAAUAUGGGGCAGCCUGAUGGAGAUGAUAUGCAAGCUGAUAUUCCCUUGGAGGAAUCUUUGGAUCCAGAAAGUCUGCCUUAUCGUUGGAUACCAGGUUAUAGGGGGCUACAGGUUGGCCCGAUAAGUAGGGAAUGA